GUAAAAUUAAUGAUCUUUUACUUAAUUGAUCAAACAACUGUAUAUCAUCAACAAUAUAUUAUUUUUUUUUGCAUAAUAAGAUAAGAAAUAAAGAAAGAACAUCUUUUAUCUUUUGCUGUUUCUCACUUCUAGAAGGUUCUAUUAUUAUCUUUCUAAAUGAAAAAAAGAAAAAGAAAAAGAUGGGUCUCUCUCUAUAAAUUGAAUGUAUGAGACAGUUCUUAAUUUGUGUCACAUGACUAUCUCUCUUUCUCUAACUCCGUGAUCAAAGGCUUUAGUUAGUUAUAUAAUUGCUCUUCACUUUCUCUUUGUACUUUCCCGUGCACACAACACAACACAAUCCUAUUAACUUGGAGGAACCAACUAGAUUUUCCACCUAGGUUGUCACGAGAUUUUUCAUAUUUUUUCACAAUAUAUAAUUCAACUCUUUUUCUACCUACUGUGCGACACAAAUUUUAUUCAUAAACUUUUCUGAUUCAUCUUAAUUGAGUGAGUGAGUUAGUGAUUCAAUUCAGUUAAAAACAUUAUGGCUACUCCUCGCAACAUUGAAAAGAUGGCUUCAAUUGAUGCUCAAUUGAGACUACUAGCACCAAGGAAAGUUUCUGAUGAUGAUAAACUUGUGGAGUAUGAUGCUUUGUUGUUAGAUCGAUUCCUUGACAUUCUUCAAGAUUUGCAUGGAGAAGAUAUCAGACAAACUGUUCAAGAUUGUUAUGAGCUAUCAGCAGAGUAUGAAGGAGAGCUUAAGCCAGAGAAAUUGGAGGAACUUGGGAAUAUGCUGACUGGUCUUGAUGCUGGAGAUUCUAUUGUUAUAGCCAAAUCAUUUUCUCACAUGCUUAAUUUGGCAAACUUGGCAGAGGAAGUGCAAAUUGCAUAUAGAAGAAGGGUUAAGUUGUUAAAGAAGGGUGAUUUUGCUGACGAAAAUUCUGCCAUAACUGAGUCAGAUAUUGAAGAGACCUUCAAGAAGCUUGUGACUGAACUUAAGAAGACUCCUUUGGAAGUCUUUGAUGCUUUGAAGAACCAAACUGUUGAUUUGGUUUUAACUGCUCAUCCUACUCAGUCGAUUCGUCGAUCUUUGCUUCAAAAGCAUGGAAGGAUAAGGAACAAUUUAACACAGUUGUAUGCUAAAGACAUAACACCAGAUGAUAAGCAAGAGCUUGAUGAGGCUUUACAAAGAGAGAUUCAAGCUGCAUUUCGCACUGAUGAAAUUCGAAGGACUCCUCCUACACCACAAGAUGAAAUGAGAGCAGGAAUGAGCUACUUUCAUGAGACAAUUUGGAAAGGAGUUCCAAAGUUUUUGCGUCGGGUUGACACAGCUCUGAAGAACAUUGGAGUAAACGAACGUGUGCCAUAUAACGCUCCUGUUAUCCAAUUCUCUUCUUGGAUGGGAGGAGAUCGUGACGGUAAUCCUAGGGUAACCCCUGAAGUUACGAGGGACGUGUGUUUGCUGGCUCGAAUGAUGGCUGCUAAUUUAUACUUCUCUCAGAUAGAGGAUCUCAUGUUUGAGCUGUCUAUGUGGCGCUGCAAUGACGAGCUCCGUGUUAGAGCUGAAGAGCUUCAUAGAUCCUCAAAGAAAGAUGCAAAACAUUAUAUUGAGUUUUGGAAACAGAUUCCUCCAAAUGAGCCAUAUCGUGUCAUUCUUGGAGGUGUGAGGGACAAACUGUACAAUACACGUGAACGUGCUCGACAGUUAUUAGCAAAUGAAACCUCUGACAUCUCUGAAGAGACAAUCUUCACAAAUGUUGAGCAGUUUCUGGAGCCUCUUGAACUGUGUUAUAGGUCACUCUGCGCAUGUGGUGAUCGAUCGAUAGCAGACGGAAGCCUUCUUGAUUUCUUGCGACAAGUGUCCACAUUUGGACUUUCACUUGUAAGACUCGACAUCCGCCAAGAGUCAGACAGGCACACAGAUGUUAUGGAUGCAAUUACGAAACACUUGGAGAUUGGAUCAUACCGAGAAUGGCCGGAGGAACGCAGGCAGGAAUGGCUCUUGUCUGAGCUUAGUGGAAAGCGCCCUCUCUUCGGCCAUGAUCUUCCUAAGACAGAAGAAAUUGCCGAUGUUUUAGAUACCUUCCAUGUCAUUUCUGAACUUCCCUCAGAUAGCUUCGGUGCCUAUAUCAUCUCAAUGGCAACCUCCCCAUCUGAUGUGCUAGCUGUCGAGCUUUUACAACGUGAAUGUCAUGUGAAGCAGCCGCUAAGAGUUGUUCCACUGUUUGAAAAGCUCGCCGAUCUUGAGUCUGCUCCUGCUGCGGUAGCGCGUCUUUUCUCUAUAGAUUGGUACAGAAACCGCAUCAAUGGAAAGCAAGAAGUUAUGAUAGGAUACUCAGACUCGGGAAAAGAUGCUGGCCGUCUUUCUGCAGCUUGGGCACUAUACAAGGCUCAAGAGGAACUCAUAAACGUAGCAAAGGAGUUCGGUGUUAAGCUAACAAUGUUUCACGGCCGAGGUGGGACAGUUGGAAGAGGAGGAGGUCCUACUCAUCUUGCUAUAUUAUCUCAGCCACCGGAUACUAUUCACGGCUCACUUCGGGUAACAGUUCAAGGUGAAGUUAUUGAACAAUCAUUCGGAGAGGAGCACUUGUGCUUUAGAACACUUCAGCGUUUCACUGCUGCUACGCUUGAGCACGGAAUGCAUCCUCCUGUGUCGCCAAAACCAGAAUGGCGUGCCCUUUUGGAUGAGAUGGCUGUCAUUGCAACAAAGGAAUAUCGCUCAAUUGUUUUCCAAGAACCUCGUUUUGUUGAAUACUUCCGAUGCGCAACUCCUGAGUUGGAAUAUGGACGAAUGAACAUUGGCAGUCGUCCUUCAAAACGAAAGCCGAGUGGAGGAAUUGAAUCUCUCCGAGCCAUUCCUUGGAUUUUCGCUUGGACACAGACAAGGUUUCAUUUACCAGUUUGGCUUGGAUUUGGAGAAGCGUUCAAGCAUGCAAUUGAGAAAGAUCCAAAUAAUCUCCAAAUUCUUCAGGAUAUGUACAAUCAGUGGCCAUUCUUUAGGGUUACCAUUGACUUGGUUGAGAUGGUUUUCGCCAAAGGAGACCCCGGGAUUGCUUCCUUAUACGACAAACUCUUAGUUUCAAAAGAGUUGUGUCCGUUUGGUGAACGUUUAAGAUCUAAAUAUGAAGAAACCAAGGGCUUUCUCCUCAAGGUUGCUGGACACAAGGAUAUUCUUGAAGGAGACCCUUACUUAAAGCAAAGACUACGCCUUAGAGACUCGUAUAUCACAACCCUUAAUGUCUUACAAGCCUACACAUUGAAGCAAAUUCGCGAUCCAGAUUACCAUGUGAAAAUGAGGCCACAUUUGUCAAAGGAAUUCAUGGAAUCAAGCAAACCAGCAGCAGAACUUGUUAAACUUAACCCAAAAAGUGAGUAUGCUCCUGGUCUUGAGGAUACCCUUAUUUUGACAAUGAAGGGUAUAGCUGCUGGCAUGCAAAACACUGGUUAAUUAAGCUCCAUAUUCUAUGUAUUAAUCUGUAUAAUUGGAUACAUGGACAAUGUAACCUAUUGUGCUUUCUAGAGAUUUGUACUGGCAUCAAAUAACUAAAUUACUCUAUAAGUAUUAAGUGUUUAUCCUAUAAAUGUUUGAAUGUUUGGUAUCAUGAUGGCUGGUCAAGUUGCCGUGAUUUCGAUAAAUCUACUGUUUAUCACAUGUAUUUAUGAAACUGUUUAGUUGAAGGCA